CCUAUUUCCAAGACCAAUGGGAAAAGUACCUAAAAUUCAGAGGGAUUUUGGAUGGCAAAUCCACCCCUACCUUCCCCAAGCCUUAUGAUGUGAAGGAGAGGGAUCAGUUCUACACCUCGGCCAGGAGGCUGGUUAAUUAUUAGUGAGACCCGAGGAGGUGUUUGGUGUUCAAGAGUGUGAACGUCUGGACUACGUGAUGUUACCCCAGCUCUGAGACUUUCGGCUCAGCCAUGUGCCCAGGCUUCUGGGAAAGAUGCUUCUGGUCAUGGGGACUCCUUCUGUGGUUCAGCGUUGGAAGUGCAGUUUCUGGAACAGUUUUCAGCUACUCUCCAUCAACUACAAUUAGAAAAUAUCAAAUGAAAAAUUCCAUAAAUAAACAAUUCAUAAGUUUUAAAUUGUCACCUGUCUUGGCACCUUGCUCCAUCUCAUCACACAGGCAUGCUAUCUCGCAUCGUCACAAGAAGGAGGGAGAUACACCUCCUACCCAACAGCCAAAGUGCACUGACUUCCAAAAUGCCAAUCUCCUCCGAGGCACCAACCUCAGAGUCCAGUUCCUUCUCUUCACCCCUUCAGAUCCCAGCUGUGGGAAGCUAGUUGAAGAAAGCAGAGACCUCCAAAACUCUGGGUUCAAUGCCACUCUGGGAACCAAACUACUUAUUCAUGGAUUCAGGGCUUUAGGAACAAAGCCUUCCUGGAUUGAGAAAUUCAUUGGUGCCCUUCUGAGGGCAGCAGACACUAACGUCAUUGCCGUGGACUGGGUGUACGGCUCUACAGCUGUCUACUUCUCAGCUGUGGAAAAUGUGGUUAAGCUGGGACUUGAGAUCUCCAGUUUCCUCAGUAAACUCCUGGUGCUGGGUGUGUCGGAGUCCUCCAUCCACAUCAUUGGAGUGAGUCUGGGGGCCCAUGUUGGGGGCAUGGUGGGACAUUUCUACAAAGGCCAGUUGGGAUGGAUCACAGGCCUCGACCCUGCUGGGCCAGAGUACACCAGAGCCAGCCUGGAGGAGCGCCUGGAUGCUGGAGAUGCCCUCUUUGUGGAAGCCAUCCACACAGACACCGACAAUUUGGGUAUUCGGAUUCCUGUCGGACAUGUGGACUACUUCGUCAAUGGAGGCCAAGACCAACCUGGGUGUCCCACCUUCAUUCAUGCAGGCUACAGUUAUCUAAUCUGUGAUCACAUGAGGGCCGUGCACCUCUAUAUCAGCGCCCUGGAGAAUUCCUGUCCUUUGAUGGCCUUUCCCUGUGCCAGCUACAAAGCCUUCCUUGCUGGACGCUGCCUGGAUUGUUUUAACCCUUUUCUGCUUUCCUGUCCGAGGAUUGGGCUGGUGGAACAAGAUGGUGUCAAGAUAGAGCCACUUCCUAAGGAAGUGAGAGUCUACCUCCUGACUACUUCCGAGCCUCCAUACUGUGUGCAUCAUAGCCUUGUGGAGUUUUACUUGCAGAAGCCAAGAAACAAGGACACCAACAUCAUGGUCACCUUCUUCAGCAGCAAUGUCACCUCCUCAGCCCAGAUCACCAUACCUAGACAGCAACUGCAAGGGAGAGGAGUCCUAGCUCAUCCCAACCCUCACUGCCAGGUGCACCAAGUGAAUCUCAAGUUCCAAGCUUCCCACUGGGUUUGGAGAAAAGAUCGGACUACCAUUGUUGGGAAGUUCUGCACUGCUCCUUUGCCGGUCAAUGACAAUAAAAAGAUGGUCUGCUUACCUGAACCAGUGAACUUACAACCAGAUGUGACUGUUUGUCGUGACCUGAAAAUUCCAUGUGCAUAGUAUAAGCCUGGGCAGGACACAUCUCCUUGGAUUUUGGAGGAGAGGAGUUCAACUUAUUCUAGGCCAUUACUACUAAAAAGAAAGACAAAAUGUUUAUUGGUUCUUUUCCCCAUAAUUGACCACCUUAGAAGGGAAAUAUAACUCAUUUUACAGAGCUUGAUCUCUAUUGCCAAUUUGAAGAGUCUUGUGUAGAUAUCAUGUCAGCUUUUUUACUCAUGCUUAAAAGCAAUUGCAUCACAUCCUUGGGCAUCUGUACCUAGGAUUCAAUAGAAACAUAUACAGGAAAAAUGUUUUUUAUCAAAAAUAAAUUUCCAUGGAAUAUCUGA